CUCCACAUGAAAUGAUCAGUUUCCUAAAUAACAACAUCUCUCAUUUCGUUACUAACGACUCAAACGUGAAAACAAUACUGCCAGAGACAGUCGGAGCGACGAGGAACAGGCUGGACACACGGGGGAAUGAUGCAGAAGAGACGGAAUGCCGAUAUAGGCAAGCUACGACGGCCGCUGAAGAGGAAUAAAAUCACCGAGAGCAUCUAUGGCAGCACAACAUUCCUGUACCUGAAGUUCCUGUUGGUGUGGGGUCUGGUGAUGCUGGCAGACUUCAUCCUGGAGUUCCGCUUCGAGUACCUCUGGCCGUUCUGGCUGCUCCUACGCAGCGUCUACGACUCCUUCAAGUACCAAGGACUGGCAUUUUCAGUAUUCUUUGUUUGUGUUGCCUUCACAUCGGACAUGAUCUGCCUGCUGUUCAUCCCUGUACACUGGCUGUUCUUCGCUGCCAGCACGUACGUCUGGGUACAGUACGUCUGGCAUACAGAACGAGGGAUCUGUCUGCCGACAGUCUCGCUAUGGCUCUUGUUUGUCUACAUCGAGGCGUCGGUGAGAUUGAAGGACCUCGGAAAAGGAUUCCACGUAGAUCUGUGUCGACCAUUUGCAGCACAUUGUAUUGGCUAUCCAAUGGUCACACUUGGCUUUGGGGUCAAAAGCUACAUAUCAUAUCGGAUGAGACUCCGAAAGCAGAAAGAUGUAGCGAAAGAAAACGAGUUUUACAUGCAGCUGUUGCAGCAAGCGCUACCGCCUGAGAUGCAACAGAAAAAUAUUUAUUCUGGUAACGACACAAAAGCGUUGCCGGCAGCCAAAUCAGGCGAUGAAGUUGUUGCAAACGGCGGUCCAAAGAAACUUGCCGACAAGAAGCUGCCAAACGGCGACAUAGAUGAAGAUGAGUUAGAAUACAUGGAGAACAGCCUAAAGCGCAGCAACCACAGCGACUAUGGUGGCAGCAGAGAGAACUUAUCAGACGGGAAAAAUAAACCGGGCAGCGGGAGCUCCACGCCGCAGAAUAAAGUGAAAAACGGGAGCGUCGUCAAGGACGCGACGUCCCAAGCACAGAAGGCCAAAAAGAACGUAGGAAAGAGCGAUCAGAAGGGAGCAGACGUCACAGCAAGCUCCCUUCAUGCAUCGGUGGAUAAAACAGCCAAACUGGAGAGUGAUAUGAAGAGGCUGAAGGCGGACCUGCAGGCGAGCCGACAGAUGGAGCUGGACCUCCGCUCACACAUCAACUCCCUCAUGCAGGAGGACCGCAUCACCAAGUCUGAGCUCAGCCAGCUGCGCAUGGAUAACGAGAGCCUGCAGUCAAAGUUGCACAACUUGGUGACAGCGCGGCAGAAGGACAAGGAGAACCUCAUCGCCACGGAGAAAAAGCUGCGAGCCGAGCAGGAGAACAAGGCUGCUCUGGAGAAGCAGCUCCGCGACGAGAGGAAGAAAAAACAGGCCGAGGAGAUGGCAGCAGCCAGAGCCCUCGCUGCAGCGGCUGCUAACGCCUCCAGAGGGGAGUGUACUGAGGCCUGUAAGCAGCGGCAUCGCGAGCUCGAGACAGAGGUGAAAAAGCUGCGGCACAACUUGAAGCAGCGCGACGACCAGCUGGCCACAGCUGAGCUCGAGAAGAAGUCCAUGCGGAACAAGGAGUCCCAGCAGGACACCGAGGUUCUGAUGUCAGCGCUGAACGCCAUGCAGGACAAAAACACCCACCUUGAGUCCAGCCUGAGCGCCGAGACGCGCCUCAAACUCGACCUGUUCUCCGCGCUCGGUGAUGUCAAGAGGCAGCAGGAGAUCGCACAAGCCCAACUGAUGCAGAAGGAACAGGAGGUGAAGGAGCUGAAGAUGAAGAUUGCCGAGCUGAUGGCCCUCACGCCGGCCAGCGCCGACAGCACCAUCACCGGCCUCGCCCCCUCCAGCUUCUCUCCCAAGUUCCGCCUGGGGCAGAGCAGCGACGACCCGCCCAGCCCGCAGCAGCUCUCGCCGGGCGGCGUGCUCGGGCUCAGCCAGAACUCCCUGGGGAACUCCCUGGCCCACCUGCACAGCCAGAUGAGCUCCAGCCUCGACCCCAACGCUGCCAUCUACACCCCAAAGAGCCAGCAUUAAGACGCGUGGCGGCCACGCCAUACGGUCGCACCAGGUGCCGGUGACGUGCUAACCUCGCAAAACUAUGCCGCCUCUUUUCUUUAAUCUUUACCUGCUGCCUUAAGAGCCCCAAAAACUUUCUUUUCACUCUCAUUUCUCCUGUCGGCUUGCUAAUUGUGAGCACAGCCUCACCCAGAAAUGGCAAGAUUUCACGGCAGCAAAUUUGGAAAAAAAGCAAUAAAGCAAAGGAUGACUUAAAAGGGUUGAAGUUAACAGAACGUGUUGAACACAAAGUUACCCAGGAUGGUACACAGAUGAACUGUCUCUUCUCUGCUGGUCGGCAGCUACUUACCUUGAAGUCUUAAGUCUCCUUAAGGGUGCCCAGCAUUUCUGAGAAACUGUGGAGGCUAUUUUCUUGGCAUAAUGUUUUCGUGAAGCUCAGUGAAAAUUGUAGCGAUGCUCAGAGGAGCGCUACAUUGCCUUUGUGUACCAGUGGCGUAUAAUUUAUGGAAAUCCUUUUGCAAAUGUUUUAAUAUUGUGUUUUGCAAGUCGUGCAUUGUGAGAAAGAUGGUAAUCGAAAUCUGUAAGUAAAACUGCUUAGCAAUAAUGAUAGUGGCGUCAUAUAAGUGAAGUACUUUGUAUAUGGUGAAAGUCGAAAGAAGAAAUUGAAGUUAAACGUAUCCAAAUUUAUAUCUUCAGAAGUACUAAAGAGUAGAGAGUAUCAUUUAAAGUGUAUGUGUGUAUUGUCUUGAAUUUUGUACUCAAGUAUCAAAGUAUCGUGUUUGUAGAUGGUGGACUGAUCGCACAUUUAUUAAUUUUGUAGAUGCACCCAGUAUGGUUUUAAGAGUGUCCACGUGCCUAUGAUAUAUAACUGAGGAAAACAAGUACUACAAACACUGGUACCUCAGGUCAGCUUUUCAGUUCUGUUUCCAGAUUGUUAACCUGAAAGACUUUGCUGCAAAAAGAGCAAGAAAGAAACUGCUGAGAACAUUUUUUUCAAUGUAUCUUAUCUUCUGUAACUGACUUGAAAAUUCAUUCACGAAAAAGCAAAAAGAAAUCUUGCAAACAGUUUUGUAAAUUCCUAUGUUAUUUUACAAAGUGAAUGUGUAAGCCAUUCAAAUAUUAAGAACUACAUUGUUGUGGCAACUGUAAAUUGCUUUGCAGGAGAAACUAUAAUUAAUUAAGAUUGAGCCAUCAACACUAAUUGAAACAUUAGUCUAUACAUUUUUGAAUGACUAACAACUAAAGAAUCACAUGCAUAAAGAGUUUGCUACAUUACACGAUUGCCUUCUUGGUGCAGAUAGAAACAUAUAUUUGAAAAGUCCUGCAUUAUGAGAUCUCCAUAUAUCGGAGUUUUGAAAAUGGCAACAAUAGCAUUGUAUGGUCCACAAUGGCAACAAUAGCAUUUCAUUUUCCAAACGUUGCAAAAAUCCUAGUUUAGAAAAACAAAAAGACUGGAUUAACAGCAUUCUCAAAUCUUAUUUAUCUUUGCUUCAGUGGCUAACAGACCCAGCCAUGCCGUUCUUUUCAGGGUGCCGUUUUGUUUUGCUAGUUUUCCUCAUGCCUCUCAACAGUGCUUCUCAAUGCUGGGCUCCCCCUUCCCUGUACUUAAAGCCAUAACGCGCGUCACCGGCGCCUGGUGCGACCACACUCUUUACAAGAGAACGUUGAAGGAACGGACUACUGGAACUGAUAUCUUUAACGACUAAGAGCAGCGGAGAAAGACAGGCUAUCAGCUGGGGUUGGCUAACACGGACCCCGCUGUGCCGUAGCUGUGUGCGUAUGAGUUGCGUAUGGGUUAUCAGCCCUGUGGGCGAUACCUGCCCCUGUGACGUGGGGCAUACUGUGUACUUGUGUGAUACGUACUAUACUGUGGAGGGAGGGGGUAAAACGGAAUCUCCUUUCUGUGAUAACUGUUACAAUAAAACUGCUUAUCCUGCAGCAUAAAACAA